GCCGGGCCGGGCAUUAAAGGCAGGGCUUUCCACAACCGCCUCCCUCUAACCACGCGUCCCCGGCCACCUUUAACCGCCGAUGCCCGCCCACUCAUUCCCACUGCACUUACUCGCCGCCGAGAGCAGCAGCAGCAGCAUCAGCAGCUGCUGCAGCCAGCCAGCCCGCCAGCCAGCCUCCUUUGCACCGCCCGUGCCCGUGCCGUGCCGCCCACACGCACCGGGAGGGUGAGGAGCAGUCGGAUCCAGGAGGAGCAAGCAAGGAGGUCGAGUCGGGAAGGAGGGGGAAGAAGCGGACAUCAGCAGCGCUUGUUUUCUCCCCUCGACUGCCACUCUGCGACAAACAGGAACUCGAAGGAAACACCGCGCAGAGAAUGGCAGACGUCAGCGUGAAAGGCGAGGAUGGAGGAGACUGCUUUGACGAUGGUGACUAUGAGGAGGUGGACGAGGAAGAGGAUGAAGGCCCCGGAGACAAGAAAGCGGGUCAGCCCCUGGUGGUGUCCCAGGAGGUGCUGCAGGACCCUGACAUGCUCGCCUCCCUCAAGCAGCGACUCGACAGCGCGACCACCAACCCCUCCGACCACUUCCACAGUCUGCCCGGCACGGUGAAGCGCCGGGUGAACGCCCUCAGGAACCUGCAGCUGCGCUACGUGCAGCUCGAGUCGCGCUUCUACCACGAGGUGCACGGCCUGGAGUGCAAGUACGCAUCUCUCUACCAGCCCUACCUGCAGCGGAGGCGAGAUAUUGUGAGCGGGACGCUGGAGCCCUCAGAGGUGGAAACCGAAUGGACUCUCAACGACGAAGAACACCAGGAGGCGAACCAGGGAGAGGAGGAGGAGGAGAAGGAGGCCAACAAGGAGAGCCACGACGAGCAGAGUGAAGACGUCUUGGGAAUCCCCGAAUUCUGGCUCACGAUCCUGAAAAACUCGGACCUUCUCGCUUACGCAGUUCAGGAGCACGACGAGCCCAUCCUCAAGCACCUCCUGGACAUCACCGUCUCGCUGUCAGAGGACGAGGUCCCUCCCUCGUUCACCCUCGAGUUCCACUUCUCAGGUAACGAGUUCUUCUCCAACGCGACGCUCAGGAAGACGUACGAACUGCAGGCGACGCCCGGCGACACGCAGCCCCUCGCCUACGACGGCCCCGAGAUCGUGGCCUGCCAAGGCUGCGAGAUCUCGUGGCUGGAGGGCCGCGACGUGACGCAGCGGGUCGUGCGCAAGCGGCAGAAGCACAAGAGCACGGGCAGCGUGCGCGUCGUCACCAGGACGGAGCGCGCAGAGUCCUUCUUCCACUUCUUCAGCCCGCCACGAGUGUCGGACACCGAGUGCGACAAGGAGGACUUCUUGAUCCAGGCGAUGCUCGCCACGGACUUUGAGGUCGGCCACUUCAUCCGCGACCGCCUCGUCCCGCGAGCCGUGCUCUACUUCACGGGCGAGGCCCUCGACGACGACGACGACGAUGAUGACGACGACGACGACGACUACGAGGACGACGAUGAAGAGGGAGAAGAGAAUGAGGAGCUCGAUGGGAAGAGAUGCAAUCAGAAUGAGGACACCAAGCCCCAGGUGGGGUGAAUGAAAACAUUUGCUACUCGCAGCAAGAGGAGGAGAGCGGAUCUGGAUGACGGCCCACGAGGCUUCGGGAGUUACUCUGGACCCCCCCACCACCACCACACCCCCACGCUCGACUCUAGCCAAGACACCGCGACGGCGGCGAGGACGCCGACGAUGUUUUUGUACACUCUGCCUAAACGAAUAAUUCACAAAGACAACAACUGUAACACCACUACUACUAACGGUAUUUAAAUAUACUAUUUUAAUUUAGUCGUGCGCGUGUGUGUGUGCGUGCGUGCACACGUGCCAAAACGGUAAAUGUUUUGAGAACGGAAGGGAAUUCAUAUUUGAACCAAUUUCAUGUUUUAUUCUGGUAGGAUGCAGUGAGUGCUCAACGUCAACAGCGAACGAGCGGUGAAAACGGCCUUAUUGAACAACAGGAGAGUAAGGGGAAACUGUUGGGGAUCGUACACAGGAGCCAAGCAGACAUGAGGCCUAACACUAGUCUUAACCACAACCAGCCAACCAGACGACAACACGAGCGUAACCUUAACCAAACUUCCCAAACAGACACAACAAGCCCGCCCUACCCUUUAUACCAGCACCUAACACUCGCCCAAGGUGGUUUUGGUCACUAAAAUAACACAGAGUAGUCAUUUUCUUCGAAUUCUGGGAGUAAAAAAAAAUACAACCUCGGUAUUUCAAGAGCCACAAUGCACGUGAAUAAUGUCACGAAGCAGGCGCAGGUUGCCGACCCCUGCACUGGCCCUACUCCUGACCACAACCCCUACAGCCUGAUCCUCACCUCCUGCACGUCUGUCUGGACGCAUUUUCACUUUUUCACGUUGGCGUUUCACUUUUUUGAUUUUGACGACACGUGGGCUCGGAGUACUUUUUUUUGCCAGCCACGCCGGCUUGGCGAUGUCGGUAACCCUGUUGACAAUCUGCUUGCAGUCAAGUUACACGAGCCGGUUACUCGCGACUUCGGAAGGCGGCUAGACUGGAGCCGUGUUUGCUGAACGUUUACCUUGACUUGAAGAGUGCUAAACACGCAGGGAGUUGACCUGCUCGAAUCAAGUCGGUCAAUCAGGUUCGAGUUUUUUUAGUUUUCGCAAAAAUAUAUUUCCCCCCAACUUCAUGCCGAUUGUGCGAUGGACGUCACGUCAUGAGAACAAGCACCGGAGUGAAACCCUUUGUGUUUAAGAGGGCGAAGCACAAAAGUGGAUAUCACAGAGCUACCUCUGAGAUCCCCCCCCCCCUCCCUCCAAGUGACGUCAUAAGUUUCGCCGCUGAGAGACGGCGCAGACGAGAGACGGCGCGAGCGGGACAGAACAUACGCGACAAGACGAUACAAAUGGGACGGGGCAGGCAAGGAGGCGAUAAACGUCGUUGAAGCUAAUCGUGACGUCGCGUCAUGAGAGUUGGUCGAAAUCUCCGGCGGUGGGUUUUUUUCUGCGACGGGGGGGGGGGGGAUGUUAGGAGAGGGUGGCGAUCCACUACUCACCGACUACUAAAAGGUGCAAGUGCCAAGCAUUGAUCCAAGCUUACGUGCUUACGUGCAGUGACGUUUUAAAAAUUUUCAUGAAAACGUUCUUGUGUCCCAUGAAAACAACGAUCAUCGAUCAUCUCGGUUCGUCGUCCUCAGGCAGUGGGGUGGAAAUUCCACGCUCUCUGCACCAGUGCGGGAUGAGCCCAUCCUUACCCACCGUUGACGUACCGUGAAUACCAUCCGGUAUGUCUUUUAGCGACCCCAGAGGUGUGAUGGUGUUCUUUACGAUGAUGAUGAUGAUCGUUCGUUCGUUAAUGCGCUGGGACUGGGGUUACUCUGGCGUGGGGAUUUCAAUUUGUGUCCCCGCAUUUUUAACUUGCGCCGUUCUUGACAACUGAUCAGCUGCAACCCAUUACGGAAGAGCAGACGUUGCCUUCUCAUUCACACAUCUUUCCCUCCGUCUCAGCAGCACCGGUUCAACACAAGCAAGCUUUUUGACCGGUUUCGACACACAGUAUCUCUUCAGAGGGUCAGGUCCGUUUGAACCGACUGUUGAUGAAUUGCCAUUUAUUUAUAGGCGACGGCUCCCUCUCUGUAAGAUAUGGGUCUCCUAUAGUUCAAGCGUCAUGGAGAAUAUAAAUGGCAAUGAGCAGACAAUACAUCUCCACAUAACCUCCUUCACGAGUAAUUGUUAUUGCAAUGGGUAGCUACUACUACUACAAUCAUCAUCAGUCCUCGAUCUAUCCGCUGCUAGACGAAGCCGAGCUGCCGCCAUCCUGCACGAUUUGGGCGAUUAUCAAAGAGAAAUGUCCUCAACUCAUAUUUAUUUACUCAACAUAUCCCUUUCUCAAAACGUUUUGACCACACCAUGCGCAUAUAUAUACUGUAAUAGGGUCAACAUAUGUGCUUUGGAAAAUGCCUAUACCAGUCGAAGUGCAUUAUACAUGGAGACGUGUGCGCUAUGUAGUUGCAGUCGCUCGGAAAAUGACAAAUCACGUUGUACUCAUUGGGCAUUGCUGCUGAACACAAUAAACAAGUGUGCACUUA